AUGCUGCUGAUUCAACAGAGAAGCAAGCACAACACUGAUUCCAAGGCCUUAGACUAUGGUUGGUCCUUUCCUGAUGCUUUUGAAAAUGCAGCACACCUCAAGCCCUGCCCCGUUGCCCGGGAUGGGCUCCUUCAUGCCUAUACCCUCUCGUUCUUGACCCGCUCCUAUCCCUGGAUUCAGGCAAGUUUACUGUCUGGAAGCAGUGUCUUGGGCAAAACAAUACAAUACGGUACAAUAGGAGACGCCCGGAGCGGGCGGUGCCACCCCCUCCCCCGCCAGCGGCUGCCCGGCCCUCCCCCUCGGAUGUGGCCGGGGCUUGAGGAGUCAGGGCUGGGGACGCCGCAGACCCGGGACCGGAGCAGCUCGGAGGCGGUGAAUAAUAGCCCUUCAAGGGCUCAAACACACGAACCCAGAGAUCAUGACCUGAGCCAAAGUCUGACACUCAACAGACUGAGCCACCCUGGCGCCCCUGAAGCAUUUCUUAAUUCCCGAAAAGCUGGUAAAGAAAAAGGUGGCACAAAAAGAAAAUCUUUAUCUGACAGUGAAUCUGAUGAUAGCAAGUCAAAGAAGAAAAGAGAUGGUGCUGAGAAACCCAGAGCCUUUACCAGAGGUCUUGAUCCUGAACGAAUAAUUGGUGCCACAGACAGCAGUGCAGAAUUAAUGUUCCUCAUGAAACGGAAAGAUUUAGAUGACGUCCACUCGGUGCUGGCAAAAGAGGCAAAUAUGAAGUGUCCUCAAAUUGCAAUUGCUUUUUAUGAAGAGAAACUAAGUUGGCAUUCUUACCCAGAAGAUGAAGCUCGGUAAUUGUUUUCAUUGC